CUGGCUCUUCAUUGGCUUCCCAGGCAGGGAGGGUCCGGGGGCAGGGCCCGGCCCCCACUACAAGGCCGGCGUCUCCGGCCGGAGCCCCCUUUGACCCUCCCGGAUGACCCACCGCCCCUAAUCUCCUUUGGCCCAUCCCGCUGGUCUUUCGAUUCGGACAUCAACCGGAUCGUCCAGUUCCUGGUAUCGGAUUCUCUUUCAGGGGAAGGUUCUCCGGCCGUAUUUAAAGCCGCCGAGUGACCGGCUCUUUCGGACACUCGCUUUUUGGACAGCACAAGGCAGCACCAAGAGCAGCGAUGGCUUCCCAGCUGGAGUCGGCCAUGGAGGGCCUCAUCUCCGUCUUCCACAGCUAUUCGGGCAAAGAAGGAGACAAGUACAAGCUGAGCAAGAAGGAGCUGAAGGAGCUGCUCCAGAGCGAGCUGGGGUGCUUCCUGGAGUCCCAGAAGGAUGCGGAGGCGGUGGACAAGAUCAUGCACGACCUGGACGAGAACGGGGACGGCGAGGUGGACUUCUCCGAGUUCGUGGUCCUGGUGGCCGCCUUGACCGUGGCCUGCAAUGCCUUCUUCUGGGAGAAGCAGCCCUGAACCCGGGACCAAAAGGAAGGCGAAGCUGCUUUGCACACCAAGCCAAGCCAGACGCACUGCUGCCGCCUGCUUAUUAAAGCCAUCUCUCUCUCUGAAA